CAGUGCUGUUAUCUGCUGCUCCUCCCUCUGCUGCCUUCAGCUGGAUCUGGUUUCACCCCCCUCCAACAGUCUUUGUUCAGCUCAUUGUGAGGAUGUUUGUUACCUGCUGAGACCAGCCAGGAGUGAUUCCCCUGAAGGCUCCUGGCCACUUUAAAGCCUCUCUGUGUUUUCUGUUGGUGAGAAUCCCGGCGGCCUGUGAUUGGUUGGAUGUCAGGGCUGGUCAGUAGAUAUCUGCAGGGCUUCCAGACUUUGGGUUAGUGGGCUGCAGACAGCAAACAGUCCACAGGGUUCAAAACCUUCGAGGUCCACGUGCACGAUGCCUCGUGAUGUUUUCCUGCUGCUGCUGGUUGUGUUGGGGGUGUCCAGCGGCUGCCUGCAGGACCCCACGACGGCCUACGGACUGACCGGGGUUGUGUGUCGCCUCACCUACCCCGCUGCUGUUGUCUUGAACGAGAAAACCACUAAAGUGAUCGAGGCAGCGUUCCAACAUGCUCGAUACCCGAGUAUGAAGGGAGAGAAAUCCCUGCUGUUCGUCGGCAAAGUCCUGUACAGCUUCGAGAAUUUGGAGAUUCACAACCUGUCCAUCGGUCGGAGUGCAUUUGAGUUGCGUCCAGGCGAAGGCAUCGCCAUGGAGAUCAGCAACGUAUCUGCAGUGUUCAGAGGAACCAUCCAGUACGGAUACGGCAGCUGGCUAGUCAACGUUGGACAUUCCCUGGACUUUGAGAUCGAGUCUCAGAUUGAUCUGGGAAUCAACCCCAAACUCUACUGUGGUGAAGGUAAAGUCGCAGCUGAUACGUCUGACUGUUACCUGAACUUCCACAAGCUCCGCCUUCACCUGCAGGGAGACAAAGAACCAAACUGGUUGAAGAAGCUCUUCACCGACUUCGUUACCUUCACUGUGAAGCUGGUCGUUAAAGGACAGAUCUGUAAGGAGAUCAACAAGGUGGCCAACAUCCUGGCCGACUUCAUCCAGGAGCAGGCAGAGCAGUUCCUGAGUGAUGGAAACAUCAGUGUGGAUAUCGGAGUGACGACGACUCCAGUUAUUACUGCUAACUACAUUGAAUCAUAUCACAAGGGUUUGACCAACUACAACAACACGACUGCUGUGAUCAGAGACUCUGGUUUCCAUCCCAGUCAGCUGACCGAACACAGGAUGCUCUACUUCUGGAUCUCAGACCAGAUGUUGAACCCGAUACUGUCUGCUGCUCACCUGGACGGACGCUUCCAGCUGAACGUCUCUGGAGACGAACUCUCUAACCUGCUCCAGACUCACCUGUCCAGCAGCUCACCUGAGCUCAUCACACAGUGUCUGAAGGAUCCGUCGUCCUCUCGGUUCUCCGUCUGGAGUUCUUCUGUUCCUCGUCUCAACACCUCCAGCUCCGGUUCCUCCGUCUGGACUCAGGCCUCAGCAGAACUUCACUGUGGAACCGGAGGAACGCCGACGCUCUCCUUCCAGACGGAUGUGGUUCUAGACGUCUCGGUUUCGUAUUCUGAGAAGAAACUCUUCUUGCAGGGAGACGUCAAACAAGUGUCUCUGAUCAGAGCCGAGCUUCCGUUAAACCGACAGCCGCUGCAGGAUGAGAAGCUCCAGGAGUUCAGCAGAGAAGCUGUGCAGAAAGUCGGAGUUCCUAAAGUCCUGUCUGUUCUGGAUGUGGAACUCACCCGACUUCUGGACAAACAAGGAACAAACUUAUUCACCAUCUUCAACCCUGAGGUUCUACCUGGAAACGGCUUCACGGUGAUUCAGAUGGACUUUGGGUUUCCUCACCACCUGCUGGUGGAGUUUCUAAAGAAAACUCUGGAGUCAACCUGAGCAGCUGCAGAACGUCAGGUCCGGAUUUUAAAAGUUUGAUUUGGUUCCAUAAAAGGUUCUGCAAUCUCCAUGUCACAUUUAAACACAUGGACUACGACACAAUUAAGUAAAAAACUGAAAUCAUCGGAGCUUCAGGAGAAACCAGCAAGACUUCUGUGGAACCAGAGGAGUCCAGAUGGUUCCUCCUGAAGCUCCUAUGAAAGAAAAGUUUUUAUAAUCGUAGGAGCUUCAGCAGAAACCAUCUGGACUUCCCUGGGAGGUUCUUGAACCUGAAGUCCAGAUGUUUUCUGCUGAAGCUCCUACGAUGACUGAGAAUCUCCACAGAUAAAAGUAGAACAUUUCCACUCUUUAGUCAGACCUCCUGCAUUCAGACCCAAACAAUUCACAUCAAGAGUCAAAUGAGAAGAAUUAUUUAGAAAGAAUCAUGAAGAUUUUGUUCCAACCUUGGAGAUGGCUUUUCAUCUGUAUUUACUUCCUGCUUUUUGGACACAUUUUCAGUCAUUUUUGGUAAAUUUUAAGACUUUUUUGCAGAUGUUGAAGCAUUUUUGAGUCAUUUUAUAAACAUUUAGUGUAGAAACAGGAAAAGUUCUGCAUUUAAAAUGAUAAAACAUCUACAUAAAAUUACACAUUUUAAAAAUCAUUCUGUAGAAAAACCUUUUAUUAAUGUACAUUAUUCUGGAUUAGAAUUCUGUUGUAGUCCAAUAAAUCUUAACUGAACUUUCUGGAGUCAUUUUUAGAGUUCUGGUUGGAAAAAACGAACAUUUAGAGAAGAACAGCUUUAACACAUUUAGAAUUGUUCAUAAAUCAAGAUUCCAGACGAUGUUUUUGGGUUUAAAUGUGAGUCCAGCUUCAGCAGCUUCAUGCUGGUCUCCACCUUCAGGACUUUAAGGUUCAACAGCCAGCAGGAGGCGCUGUUGGCCUUUUAUUCUGACGUUUAUCAAACAGGAAGCAGUCACUUUAUUCUUCACGUCUUUUGGUUUAUUUUCUCUGUUCUUUAGUUGAUGCUGUCUAGAUUCUGAGGUUUGUUCUCCAGAUGUUGAUUAAAAUCUGACAUGAAUUUAAA